CAGUCCACCGACUGAAACUGGCUUCCUGUGUCAGCCAUUGUGGCUCUGGCGCGAGCUGGCAUUCAACGGGCUACGCUUCCGUUCGCUUGAGCCCGAAUGUCGCCAUUUUCCUCGUCCCCGCUCAAGUGGCACUGGACGUGAAAACAGCGCCAUUUCUGUCGGCGUCCAUGAUACGCUAUGCUACCGCAGCGGAUUCCAGAGCCCGAGCUCGGAACGGCAGCAAGUGACAAGUAGCCGCUCCCCUUUCGGUGUUGCUCUCCUCUUCAGCCCGCUCGCAGGUAACCCGUCCCGUAAUGGGCCUUCCUUGACUGACGGCCACAUGGGCAAAUCACAACAGCGCAAUGUCCAUUUUCUUACGUACCAGAUGUGGUGCUGGCGAAGUGAUUGCCACGACAUGGGCGCCUCCGUGUGACGCAAACACAUUGUUGUGUUUAGCUGCGCAGCUGAGAUCCAUCAGCGGCACAAGCCAUGCCUGACGAAUAAAACCACCCUUUUUGCUGAAAGCAACCAAAAAGGGGAAAAAUAAUCCCACAUGCCUCCUCACGUAGAACCCCUUCAGUGCAUCCCCCUGGAGUGAUUAGCCCACCUUCCAGAAGUUCCGGGUUCUGUCUCGCCCUCCCUCCGCACUCGUCUCCGCCAACCACCCGACAAACAACUCCUCGCGAUGCCAGUCCACCUGAGGAUAACAAACACCUGAGGUCUCAUGCGUCCCGUGAGCACCGAUUCAGACGGCCCUGCUCCUCCCGAGACGCUCUCUUGCUCCGACCCGCUCGUGGCCCCCCUGCCCGCUUCAGAGAUGUCCCUGCUCCAGUCGCUGGGUCCAGUGCAAAGCUGGCUGGGCCAGGAGCUGGAGAAGUGCGGGAUCGAUGCCAUGAUUUACACCCGCUAUGUCCUCAGCCUCCUCCUGCAUGACAGCUACGACUAUGACCUGCAGGACUACCUUCAAGAGAAUGACAUCUUUUUGGGCUGGGAGAAGGGAACUGGGAAGAAAUGGAGCAAGAGUAAGAAGAAGGGAGGCAGCGACCUGAGUCUGGAGGAAAUGAAGAAACAAGCGGCGGUGCAAUGUCUACGUUCUGCAUCUGAUGAGAACUCUGGAAUUGAAAGCCUGGUCGAGGAGCUUUGCUCCAAACUAAGGGACAUUCAAAACAAACAGAAAGAGGAAAAACAGAUCCAAAAAAAGUCUGAUGGCGCACAUUCUCCCGAACGAUUUGAGUCCCCCUCUUCAAAGGACCAGGUGGAAAUGUAUUAUGAAGCCUUCCCACCUUUGUCAGAGAAGCCUGUUUGUCUCCAAGAGAUCAUGACCGUGUGGAACAAAGCCAAGGCCUGCGCAUACUCGAGUUCAUCAUCCUCGGCCGCUCCACAGACCAGCACAGACACUUCCUCCCCGAAAGAUUGUAACAGCGAAUGCGAGGUUGCCAAGGAGCGGAACCCUGAAGCGAGCGCUACCAUCACCGGCGCGACAACCGAGAGAGGCCAGCACCGCCGAAGCAAGAAGGAGAAAGAGAACCGAUACCAUGGCGGCGCGGCGGCAGAGGAGAAGAACACGGCCCACUCCAAGAGACAAGCCAGACACAGGUCCGAGGGCAAAUAUCGGGCCCGAUCCUGGUCUUCUGGCUCGAGCGAGGGGGGGUCCAGCUCAAGCGGGAACCAGGGCGACAAGUCGUUCAGAAGCAAGGCGGUUAGGGUAAGGCACAAAUCCAGGGAGGUUGGGAAGAAUAAGAGGCAGCGCAAUAGCGGACAGCCGAAGCUCCAGCUGAAGGCUGUGGACAAAGAAGAGCAACGAAACACGGGGGGGACGGGCAAACCACCGCAGCUUUACAAGAAGAAUCGGAGAUCCCUGAAAGAGAUUUAUAAAGAUCCCGUCUGGCCGCAAGCAACCGAGAUGAGGUUUGAGGAGAGAAACGCAAAGGAAUACAUGGAGGAGCCACUUUGGUACACUGAGCCCAUCACAGACUAUUUUGUACCUUUUAGCAGCAAGCAAAGCAAGCUGGAAACAAAGUAUCGAAGCAAAGUCGGCUCCCCGGUAGACUUUGCCUCGGCAGCUGACAUGGCCGCGCUGCCGGAAAGAAUCCAGGGAAUCUGCGUUGCCAAUGAGAACUACCCGAGAACGUACCUCGCCGCGGGCUCCUUUGUGGACGGCCACUUUGUGGAAGCGUCCGGCGAAGCAGACGAGGAGACGGCGGAACUCAUUGGGACCUCAAGCUGCCCUCGGCCAGAGGAUAGUGGACAUUUAGAUGACAAGCAUCUGCCAGAAUUCGACGACUUCUAUGAAGUUGAUAUUUAUCAAUCCAUAUUGGAUACUAGUGCCUCAGACUCGUUACGAGAGAGUCGGAUCCUCAGCAUGAUUCGGCAAAAAAGCAAGGAGCAAAGUUGUUUAGUGUUCGACGGACUCGAGCAGCAAGGGAAAAGUGCAAUAAGGGCAGACUUGGAGGAAGCCUCGGGAUCUUAUGGGUUCCUAAUGGAGGAUCUCCACAGCAUGGCUCAAGUCUGGGGAUGUUUCUCGCCGUCGACUUCAGACGAUAUCGACGGGGAAAGCUUCAUGGGCGACUCGCCCGUUCGACUCUCCCCGCUCCUCGAUAGUGUUUCCUUCACCCUGCGCAAUCUAUCCGGAAAUGCGGCGGAGCCGCACGUUCCCGAGGUGGCCGGCGAGCCGUCUGGCCCGAACUCGUCCGGCUUCUCCCUUUUUGAGCUGCAGUACGACAGUCCCACUCUUUCUUUUCCCUGCGACUCGCUCUCUGUCACUCACGACAGCAACGCCGACGCUAGUAGCUGUCUCGACCCGCAUGCUAACAAACAGUCUCGUUUGCUCAUAUGGACCAAAAAUAGUGCCUUUGAUGAAACUGAACACUGCUCCAACCUUUCAACGCGGACGUGCAGUCCAUGGUCACACUCGGAAGAGACUCGUUCAGACAACGAGCACGGGCCUAUUCCCGCCGAGGACCCCGCCGCUCCGAUCGGCACCGAGGAAAUUGAUUGUAUCAUCCCUCCGAUUUCUGGUACAUAUCUCGAGGAUGAAAUCUUGGACUUUUUGCAAGAGGACUCCGGGCGCAAAUGUGAGGAGGCGAGUAUUUGCACCGCCUCCUGUCAGACUUACACCAAAAAAUCCAAAUUGGAGUCCCUUUGUGGAAUAGCAUUGGAAGAGGACGAGAGUAAACCGUACCGUACGAGCGUUUUCUCAGAUAACGCGAACCAACAAAGGGGCGAGUACAGCUCAGGAAUAAUCAAAGACAUUUGGUCCGCGGUCGGCGAGGCCAAGUUGGCGGCGUCAAGGCAAGGUGGGGAGAAAAUGAGCGAGAAGGUGUUUUCCGAAGACUCGGGCGGUUACUGCGGCAGCUGCCUGGAGGUGCCGGCCAAGGGCGGUCCGGUUGAGGCGCCUCAGAAAAAAGCAGUGCAGCGCUCCGAGUAUCACCUCUGGGAGGGCAAGAACGAAGAACAGGACUUAGCCAAAAACAAAGCCUCUAAGUUAGAUGGCGCCGGGGACUACACGACUCCGUCCAAGCCCUGGGACUUGAGAUCAGAUAAAGAUAGCACAUCUUUCAUCAUCGGCGGCGUGUACGGAGAGUUCACGACGUUAAGUUGCGAUAAGAAUUGGGCCGUCGUGCCGCCGAACGAAUCUCAGCACAGCUUGCUGCCGUCUACCGCCGCGUCUCGUUCGAGUUCGGAAAUGCUCACCAUCGCGGGCGCAGACGUGUUGGUGAACAAGGGCGGCUGCUUCGCUCCGGGACACCGGCGCCUGUGGAGGCCGCUGGUGUCCUUCGGCCAAAGCGAGCACGCCAUCGCGGGGAGCCGAGACGGAUUCAACAAGGGAUUUUCUUUCAUCUUCCGGGAAGAUUUGCUGGGAUCUUACGACGGCUUGCGUGGCCAAGAGCAGCGUUUAGAAUACCCGUUUGGAUCCUUGGACCUGAACAAUCCCUUCUCUCAAGUUCUCCACGUGGAGUGUUCCUUUGAGCCCGAGGACAUGGCCUCCUUCAGUCCGGGGUUCAAGCCGAAAUCGAUACUUUGCUCCGACUCGGAGAGCGAGGCCUUCUGCCCGCGAAUUUAUGGCAUCAAUCAAACGCAGUACAGGGCCAUUCGCAUUUCCCCCAGGACUCAUUUCCGGCCGAUAUCGGCCUCCGAGUUGUCUCCCGGCGGGGUGAGCGAUUCGGAGGCCGAGACUGACAAAGAGGAGGCGAAUUUCCCCGUCCUGGCGCCGGUGGAUGUCUUCGACGAUCCUCAGGCGGAUCUCAAACCACUCGAGGACGACGCGGAAUGCGAGGGCCCGUACUACGGGAAGUCCGAACUGGAAUCUGGCAAAUUCCUGCCCAGGUUGAAGAAGUCUGGCAUGGAGAAGAGUGCCCAGACCUCUCUGGAUUCGCAGGAAGGCCCCGGGGUCCUUCUGCCCAUCGCUGAGCAAGAAAGAUUUUUGGACGACGUGUCGACUGCAGGCGGGCGGACGAGCUCCUCGGUCGCUCCGUCGCGAAAAGAGCAAUCUCCGGUGGAAAAAGCGAGCUACUUGCGUGUGGCGGCGGGUCAAAUCCCCAAAUACGGCAUCGCGUACGACUUUGUCAGAGACGUGCCGCAGUUCCCUCUGUUAAAUAGAAGUGCACAGGGAGUAAGUGGCAAUCAGGACGAUGAGUGCUGGUGGCAAAAUGCACUCGGCCCGCCCUUGUUCCCCGGAUCUCAGUGUACAGGCAGCAGCAACAUUUGAGUUCUUCAUUUCGCUGUGGACUUGCGUUGGCACGAGGAACAGUUGCCGAGUUUUGGCGACUGGACCGCCACCAGCUUUUAUUCAGGUUCAUCUCAGAGCCGCAAAACCUAACCGGGGCUAAUCUCUCGCUUUCCACUGCUUCCCCAACACACAUAACUGCUGUUUGUUUGUUUGUUUGUUUUUUUUUUCAUUUACUAACUCGAUGCUUGUGUAAUCAAUAAUCAGAUCGACACAAAAAAAACUUAAUAAGUUGGAAAAAAAUAAAAGUCGUGUGAUUGAGUGAUGCCAUGUGCAGAGAUAUCCGUUGAAAGCAUUUUAGAGCGCGUUGCAGUUGAUGCAGCUACGAGAUCACCACUUUUUUUUUUUCAGUUGUGCUCCUGGCACCAUCCUACUUCCCAGCGACAAUACUGGAUAGUUAGUGGCGUCUGAAUGGUCGUGCGUGUGCGUUUGUCUGGCCAGUCUCACUCCUUUUUUUUUUUCUCCCUUAGUAAACAAAAUAAACCAAACAAAAACUAAUUGCUGCAUAAAACAACUGCAAUCCCGUGCGCUGCUCUUCAUCCUCCGUCGAGAAAGACCAGAUGUGAUUUUUGAGUUCAGUUUUCUCUAGUUUGUUGGGAUACAAUUAUGAAAGAAGUAGAGAAUGCGUGCAGUUUUUUUUUUUUAAAGAUGACUUGCCCCACUGUAGGGAAAAAGCUGAGUUUUUGAAACCUUAGUUGUAGAGUAAAGUGUGGUUUGUGAACAAAAACAAACAACGAAAAGAGAAAAAACAAGAACACAGUAUCACAUACCAGUCUUUUGAACUGAAAUAAUUUGGUAGGAGGAAAAAAAAAGACCCACAAAAAGUUUUCUGCACCCUUUUGCAGUUGAAUUUUUUUUAAACCUUUUGUUACUUCUAUUGUACACAACACUGGUGCUAAAAAUAUUUUCCAUAAUGUGGCUGUGGUAAUAGAUGGAAUAGCAUUUUUUUUCUUUGUCAUCCAGAUUAGUCCCAAAUCCAUCAUCCUUUUCCUUUUUUCCCCCUCCCAAAAUUGUAAAAAGGAGAAAAAUUGUUUUUCCUGAUUUACUGUUUAAUGUGGUUUUCUUUGAUGUCACCUUUUGAGUUGCGCAAAUGCAUUUCCUUUCAGUUCGGCCUCCUGAAACAAAACCUACAAAUGACUGCUUGGAGUUCAUGAUUGUGUUGCAACUCGGUUGUCAAUAGCAAAACAUGAAUAAGGUUAAACAAAACAAAAAAAAAUGCCAUAAUUACACUACAAGGUACGGUUGGAUUUUUUUUUUAAUGUAUGUUGUGUUUUUCUUUUCAAUUUGAUUUGAUUCACCAUAUAUCUUGUUUAACUAUGGAGUCAUAUUCCGAUGCGCGCGAAUAACAUUUGUCACAAUUAGCGUGAUUCAACUUGAAUGGUGAAUGUGUACGCAUGCAUACGUUCUUUAAAAUCAAAACAAAAAAAGCAAAUACAUUUUAAAAAAAAAACAAGAAAAAAAACAUUGAAACAAAUUGGAUUCAAAGGUUCAAGUGUAUGUUAUUGAGCCAUUCUGCGACUUGUGUGUUGCUGGUUGAAAUUAUAGUGAAAAAAAAUAUCUGCAGGGUAAAAGAUUUGCCUGUGUUGCAUUUAGUAAGGCCACAUGUCUUUCCCAGUUGAUCUUAGAUUUUGUUCUGGUUGAAGGGAACUUGGCAAGGCUUAUUUUUUUUUCGAUCCUUACCAUGAUUCUCAAGCACAAACUUCCCAUCAGUGCGUCAUUGCUUGGAAAUGAAUGCGUCAAUAUAGUGGUUCAUAUGCGUGGCAGGUAGAAAGAAGGCCGUGCGUUUUGAAAUGGCUUUCGGAUGUGGGACCCUACUCCAGCUUCAGGGUCUCGGCCAUCUUGUCUUUCACAUUCAUCAGACACUCAGGAAUUUUUUCAUAUAUUUUCAUCAACAUGAUCUACAAUCAGCUGUGGAAGUGCAUUGACCAAACAUUGAUUGUAGACUACACAUUGACAUUAUUUCCAAGCAAGCCACAGAGAUGACUGGUUUUAUUUAGAGCUAUAUAGUUUAAGGAGAGGAGGGAGAUAGAAGGGAAAAAAAAAAGCCAUCGUAGACUGCAUAAGCAAUGCGGGGGGCUUCUCAAGAGCCCCCAAGGUUUCUAUGCAAUGCCUUGGCACUUGUAAACCUUCAAGAGUAUGUGGAGAAAAAUCAAUCAUGUAAAAUGUUGCAUGUUUGUUUUUCACAGGACGCCUGCAUUAAAAAAAAGGUCUCUGAAAAUGCAGCAUGCAAACAUCAGUCCACCUUUUUGGGAUGAACCAAAAUGUUUAAGAGUGAGGUGAUUGAUCGGUUUGAUGGUAUUUUUGGCCCAAUCCGAGACGAUUUUCACGUUUCGAGUUGAGCGUCGUGGUUGAGGUUGGGAGGCGACGGAACAUGUCAGUUAGUGUUCUCCUUAAAGAGAGACAAAAAAUGUUGGCGGGAGUUUGUCAUCUAAAACGGUGACUCAUAAAGCGCUUAGUUGAAAGGAACGCGUCACACCUUUCUCCAUAAAAUUCUUUUUCCGAAAGGAAUGCGUCACACCUUUGUGAAAUUCUUCCUUUUUCCUAUGCUGCAUUUGAACGAAAAAGAAACUGCAACAAAACGUGAUGAAGAAAAUGCAGUCAGUGAGGGGCUAUGUUGUUGUUUUUGGAACGACACCACCAGCGAGCGACUCGUUGAGUUGGGAUCGUGCCGUGGUUCAACGAACAUAAUCCCGCACUGAAAACUUUUCAAGUCAUUUCAUUCCUUCCUCUUGGUUGUCCCCAUCUCCCUCAAAGUAGCCGUGUGUGUUCUGAUUUCAUGUACACCCUGAGUAAAUGAUUUUGUUUCAUUGUGGAUUUCAUUAACAUCUAAUAAAAGGGUCGACCAAGCA